UAAUAAUAAACAGACUCGUAAACAAACACACAAACAACCUCAUUAAACACACCGCGAGUGCAAAUGAAAAAAUAAGAAACGCGAAGGUUAUGCCGAUAAAACAUAAUAAAACAGAAACAAGAGAAAAACAAGUUAUCAACGAAGAGGGAGAGAGAAAGAAGAGUAAAAAAAAAAGUAGAAAUAAAAGUGAAAAGAAGCUAAACGUAUCGAUAGAAUGACAGCACAGGAGAAGGGAGGGUCAGAAACGAACUAUUGGCGCCGGCACACACACACGAUAUCCAGCGGCGUUGGCGACCGAGGCAGCAAGAAGACUAGUCGUUCUCGGGAAAAUCUCCAUCGCUCUCCACCCAAUCAACGUCGAUUCAGCGCCAUCUAUAUUCCAUAUUUUUAGGUGUCAAACGCGGGAGAGAGAGAGAUAGUUCCUCAGCCUGCCACCAGAGGGCCAUCAACCACCGGCAACCAAUUACUCGAAAUGAAAACCACAACAGAAUAAGUAAAGACUGGACUAAAGAAAAAGGAAGAAGGAAGAAGGAGAAGGAGAAGAAGGAGAAGGAGGAGAAGAAACACUUAUAAGGACUUCUUCAUACGUUCUUACAAAGGAACCUAUAGGCGUACGCGUCACUGCAUAAUCCAAUUCUCAAAAUCAAAUCAAAAUCAACCAGGAAUCACCAACGAGCUUCCGAAUUCCCACCCGUCCUCUUCAAGAAGCACUCGAAGCGAAAGCCACUGUCACCCUCUUAACACCUCUUAAGUGCCACUCGAAAAAAAAGACACGCACCUGUCGUCCUCCACCAGCUCAUCCCACUCUCAAGUAGUACUCUUAAAUACCCCCUUAUUUCCCUGCGUCGACCAGAAGCUCAUCCACUCCCAAGUAAUACUCGAAAAGACGUUGUUUGUGCCAUCUGGUCGAGGCUCAAGCGGACCAAGAAAAGCUCAAAACCACAGCUCUCGUUGUCUCUCUCUUGUUUCUCUCUCUCUCAAAUCCUUGUCCCUUUCCUCUUUCGUUUCUCUUUCUCGUCUCCGUCUCUCACCGGUGCGAAUUCUUGCCAUUUCUUCUUUCUCAAGCUCUUUCUCUUUUCCGUCUCUCACGAGUGCAAAUUCACGUCUCCAUCUCUUCCGCAUCUAAAUCUCUGCCCGGUACAAAUUAUUCUUGUCCCUUCAUCUUUCCUAUCUCUCUUUCUCCUCCUUGUCCCCUUCUCUUCCCCAUCUCCACCUCCUCCUUGUCCCUUCCUCUCUCCCAUCUCCAUCUCCACUUCCUCCUUCUCCCUAUCUCUCUCUCCCAUCUCCCUUUUCCACCUCCAUUGCCAACUCGCCACUACGAUGCCUUACCAAGGAGAUCGCGCGACGGAGAAGCAGCCCGGGCAGUUCACGACGGACGUCAAGUACAUCAGGAAGUUACCCGGAGCGCUUAUUGUUGUCCAGCUGAUCUGCUGCUCCCUCGGCUUCAUCCUCGCCGUCUGCUCCUCCGUCAUGUGGAAGGUGAGAGCAGGUCACGGGUUCUUCACCUUCGUUUCCUUCGUCGCCUCCGUCAGCUGCAUCAACUGGCUGGUCAUCCACGUGUUUCAGAUCUACCUCCUCUUCAACAGGAGUUUCAACUGGAAUAUUUUGGGUUUGGCUCACAACGGCCUCUGCGGUUUCCUGUUGAUGAUCGCCAGCUGCGUCAUGGUUGAGCUGGCAUCCGCUGCGAGGGCGCUGAGGGCAGCUGGGGUUUUCGGUUUUCUUGGCUUUACUGGCUUCCUUGCUGGCUUGGUGUGGGAGGUGAUGGUCUGGCUCAAGAACAGGGACUCGGGGCCAGGCUUCGCAACAGCUACAGUCGUCUCCGGAAUGGACAGACCGGGGACUCCAGACAGCGGCAAUUCGGUGGACGUCGGGGAUGAAGUGGCCACCAGAGGCAACGAGGACGCCGAGGCUGCUGUCGGGUUCGUCGGGAUGAAGGCCAGACCCGUGUCGUCCUUCCUUAUGGAGCCCCGUCAGAACGGCGGAGUGACCACGCCCAUGCUCUACGCCCCUGGGAAGGAGGGGGAGGAGGACCCCGACCGCCCACGCAGCAGGGGGGCGAUUUCAGAGCACUCGUCAGGCUCCUCCGUGGAAGGCGAGUGGCAGACACCGUCCUGAGGCUUCGUUCAGUUCGAAGCACAGAGCCAGGGGGUCGAAGCUUGUGAAUCUUUUUUUUUGUUGUUUUGUUUUUAUCAUUUUUGAUCCAGGGGGAAAUUUGUGAUUAAAACAAAAUCCUCAGAAUGUUGUUUGUGAUUAUUUUUUUUCCGAAGCAGAUCGAAACUUUUAUCAUUAUUGAUAUUAUUAUUAUUAUUUUUAUUUCUCAAGCCACAGAAUGGAACUUAUGAAUAUUUUUUUUCCCUUCUUAUUCGAAGCAUAUCGAAGUACGAAUCAACCCUCAUGAAUCUUUCUUUUAUUCGCCCCGGGAUUCACUAUGACUCUUGCUCGGAGAAUGAAACCGGGAAAUGAAACUAUUAACGCCUUUUAUUCUUUUAGUCUUCUUUCAAAAUUGUUUCUUGGUUAAGUGUUCUGAUCUUUUCUCGUCUUUCUUUUCCAUUUCUUAUUUUUCCAUUCUUUUCUUUUCUCUUCUCUUCUCUUCCUUUCCCGAUUUAAUUUUUUAUUUUCCCUUCCUUUCCUCUUCUCUUCUCUUCCUUUCCCGAUUUAAUUUUUUAUUUU